AAAACGCUACAGACAGACAGAGCUCAACUGUCAUAAUUUCCACUCGUUAUUGUAGUGUUUUAGUUAUCAAUUUUUAUCUUUAAAGCAAUAAUAAUAACAUAGAUAUAUUAAAUAUAGAUAAUUUCUGUUAAAUCCAAUUUUACCAUUAGUGUGUGAAUUAUGGGGUCGUGAUAAUUACUUCGGGGUUGUCAAAAUUAAAAUUGUUUCGUUUCAAAUCCACUUGAACUUGGUCGAGUUUUGAUAUAGUUAAAUAGCGUUCAGUGCCAACAGUGUGGUGUGUAAGAUUCUAUUUUUUGUUCCGUUCGUGAGCAGACUGUGAAAUAAUUCGACAAUGUCUAAGGUGUCCCUACAGAAUAUACCAUCCAAUCCAAGAAUCAAUCGGCUGAGAACGUACUCAAGGACUGAAAGCGAAACAUCAUGCGAGGAGGCGGCGCGACUGACGGCAGAGGGGGCCGAAGACGAUGAUGAGGCCUACGACUACGGGGCCUUACCUCCGCCCCCCGACGGGGGCUACGGCUGGGUCGUGGUCUUCGCCUCCUUCAUGUGCAACCUCAUAGUCGACGGCAUCGCAUACACAUUUGGAAUAUUCCUCCCAGAGCUCGUCACGUACUUUGGAGAGGGGAAGGGAACCGUGGCGUGGGUCGGAAGUUUGCUCUCCGGCGUGUACUUGGCUGCCGGUCCCAUAGUAUCAGCGUUAUGCAACAAAUACGGGUGCCGCGCGGUGUGCGUGGCGGGCUCGCUGGUGGCCGCCUCGGCUUUCGUGCUCUCCACCUUUAGCAAGAACGUCACCGUCAUGAUGAUCACCUACGGCCUGCUUGGAGGCAUAGGCUUCGGUAUGAUCUACCUCCCGUCAGUAGUGGCCGUGGGCUACUACUUCGAGGCGCGGCGUUCCCUUGCCACCGGCAUCGCCGUGUGCGGCUCUGGCGUGGGCACGUUCAGCUUCGCGCCGCUCGCCGCCAUCUUGCUCAACGAGUUCGGCUCGUGGCAGAACGCUAAUCUGCUGCUGGCUGGACUCAUUCUGAACUGCGCGGUGUUUGGAGCGCUUAUGAGGCCGCUCGUCUAUCCUAAGUCAUCUGGAGAGAAGCCCCUCCUACAACGCAUGGCAGAAGAAAAGCGACUCCAAAUGGAGCGCGGCUCGAUCGGUGGCUCAUACUUCGUGGUCCAACUGCCCGACGGUACUAUGGAGAAGAGGCUGAAGGCCACGGACAAGUCAGGGCAAUAUUUGCAGGCCCCGCUGAACGUGGACCCCGGCGUGCACUCGUCGCUCAACCUGGAGGCGCUGGCGCGCGUGCCCACGGUGCCCAACAUGCCCGGCGUGCCCACUGUGCCCACGCUGCCCACCAUCACGGAGGCGAGGGUUACGGAUGAUAAUGGAGACAAGAAGAAGGUAUCCAAAUCUGUCGUAUUUGGCUUUCGCCAUGGAAGUGUCCGAAGGCCGAGGGCACGUGAGGGGGAAAAUGGCGUCACCAACGGCGGCAACCAGAUGUCCCGCAACGUCUCAUCGCCGGCCUUUAGCUCGCAAGCACCCGGGUUGCCCAAGAACGGCUCCGUGCCGUUCUUCGACCGCCAACGCAAGCAGAGCACCGGCGAUAGGUCAGGCGAUAGAUUCAAACCGUCCUUAGCUGCUAUUAAAGCCACAUCCAAAACUUCCAUGAAUAGUCAAUACAGAAUCGAUGGCGACACAGAGAGCGUCAUGUACAACUCGAAGCUGUCUGUGGCGGGGCCGCGCGAGCCGUCCCGCAUGGUGCGGCCCAUGUCCCGCAAGGACAUCUUCUACUCCGGCUCGGUGCUCAACCUGCCGCAGUACCAGAGCCAGAAGAGCCUGCAGGCCUACAGGAACUCCGUGCUAAGCCUGCCCCAGAGCAGGCAGGCUGGGGACGCGGAAGCUCAAGAACAAUACGACCUAUGCCCGUGCUUAUCGCUGCCCCAAUCGUUCAAGUCCGCCCUCGGGUCCAUGCUGGACAUGAGCCUGCUGCGCGACCCCGCGUUCAUGCUGAUCGGCGUGUCCAACAUCUUCGGCAUGGCCGGCCUCUACGUACCCUUCGUGUACAUCGUGGACGCCGCCAUGCUUAAUGGUGUAGAAUCAUCGCAAGCUUCCUUCCUCCUAUCCAUCAUCGGCAUCACGAACACAAUCGGCCGUAUCGCUUGCGGCUGGGUCGCCGACUUUCCCUGGAUGGAUUCACUAUUGCUCAACAAUGUCUGCCUUGUUAUUGCCACGAUAUCUGUUGCCGCGACGCCAUUCUGCGCAUCUUACGGUUCUUAUGUUGCGGUGGCCAUAUUCUUUGGGAUCGCUAUUUCGGGCUACAUCUCCCUGACGUCCAUCAUCCUGGUGGACCUGCUAGGGCUGGACAAGCUGACGAACGCGUUCGGGCUGCUCAUUCUGUUCCGCGGGGCGGCCGCUAUCGUGGGUUCGCCGCUGGCCGGCGCCGUGUAUGACGCUACCAAGAACUACGAUGCGUCGUUUUACAUGGCGGCGGCGUUCUUCCUAGCCGCCACGCUCACCUCCUUCGCUGCUCCUUUGUUUAGAAGGAAACCCGACGAGGUGCAGCAGCCGGGUGACGCGCUGACGCCCAUCGACGAGGACCUGGAGGAGGCGGACGAGGACCCCGACGACACGCCCAUCACCAUGGGCAUGGCGCGCGCCGCGCCCGCCAUCACGCGCACCGCCGCCUCGCCCACCGCCGCGCCGCCCGACCUCAGCCAGCGGGAAAGUGUGCUCUAA